ACUAACUUUGAUGUUUGAGUGUAGGGGAACGGAAGAGAGUACCGGAGUUUGUGUUCUUGGCUCAUGGGGUAGAUGUGAUGUCGGCGAUGCAUGCCCCGUUUGUGUUCAGAUCGUUCGCUUCAAUGCCAUACACAACGAGGCUCUUCUUGCUGCCCAUGUGGCCAUUCACGUUCAUAGUGAUGUUGGGCAUGUGGGCCUGGUCAAAGACUUUCCUUUUCAGCUUCUAUACCCUCAGAAACAAGCUUUGCCAGACUUGGGGCGUUCCCAGAUUCGGAUUCCAAUACUUUUUACCGAUUGCUAAACAAGGCAUUAACAACCAGAUCGAGAAUGCGAUUCUUAGGGCCGAUAAGAUUGGUGUUAAAGUUAUAAGCUUGGCUGCUUUGAACAAGAACGAAGCUCUAAAUGGUGGUGGGACGUUGUUUGUCAACAAGCAUCCUAACCUUAGAGUUCGUGUGGUCCAUGGGAACACUUUAACCGCGGCAGUGAUUCUCAAUGAGAUUCCAAAAGAUGUGAAAGAGGUUUUCUUGACAGGAGCUACGUCUAAGCUGGGAAGAGCCAUCGCUCUCUACCUCUGUCGUCGUGGAGUGAGAGUUCUCAUGUUGACACUAUCGAUGGAGAGAUUCCAGAAGAUUCAGAAAGAAGCUCCUGUUGAGUUUCAGAACUACCUUGUACAAGUGACCAAAUACAACGCUGCUCAGAACUGCAAGACUUGGAUCGUUGGGAAAUGGUUAACGCCAAGAGAACAGAGCUGGGCUCCUAAAGGAACGCAUUUCCACCAGUUUGUGGUGCCACCAAUCCUCAACUUCAGAAGGAACUGUACUUACGGAGAUCUAGCUGCAAUGAGGCUCCCUGAAGAUGUUCAAGGACUUGGAACCUGCGAGUACACAAUGGACAGAGGGGUUGUGCAUGCAUGCCAUGCAGGAGGAGUGGUUCAUAUGCUGGAGGGUUGGGAGCAUCAUGAGGUUGGAGCCAUAGACGUUGACCGUAUUGACUUGGUGUGGGACGCAGCCAUGAGACACGGCCUUCGCUCUGUUUCUUCACUCACUAGAUGAGUGAUAAGAGGCUCUUUUGAUUGUUGUGUUUGCUCUCCCAAGAUUGGUCAUUCUUUGGAACGGUGAAGCAUGCAAGCAGGUUGAAAAAAGAUGUAGACCGUCACCGUAUGCUAUUAUUUCACCUUUUAUUUAAGAUGUACUUCACUUUAUAACAAUUUCCCUAAAUAGUAUAUCGACAAAGCUUUUAAUUA